AACUUUUGUGUAGAUCUAUGUUUGUCCCAAGCAUGUUUGAAUUCACUUACUGUUGACUGACUCACCACCGCUGCUGGAAGUCUGUUCCAAGCAUCAACUACUCUUUCGGCAAAGCAAUAUUUUCAUUUUCUGAGCAUGUGCUCCUUCCCUUUCAUCUUUGUGGUGUAACUCUGUGAGUGUGUGUGUGUUUCUGUUAUGUGAAUCUGGAAUUCCGGAUUGUGUGGCGAUCCCUAUUUACCACCCUUCAAGAAACUGUUGCACCCACCUCUGGAUUGUGUGCCCAUUUCUUCUGGUGCCCUUGGAUCUAUGGAAGAGAUGCAAGCAGAUCUGUGGAGGCAUCUUCUCAUUCUGCUGGUGCACCCUCUGUUAUUUGGAAGAGAUACUCAAAUUCUGGGAGAAGGUCAGGGCCUGCAAACACCAAGCUCUUUACCACAAGAGUUCAAAGAAAGGGUAGUGACAAGUCCAGCUCCAAGGAUUCGAUUUAACCCCACAGUUCCCAAUAUUGUUCUCUCAGAACACAAAGAUGUCAAGAUCAAUUGCACCAUUGUUGUUCCAAAUCUGAACAGUGGGGAACAAAUAACGUGGUGGAAAGAUGGCAAUUCAGUUCAGCAAUCUGAUCGAAUCUCUGUGCAGUCUUUUGAAAUCCAAGAUACAGCGGUGACUUCUAUGGUAUCUUCAUACAGCAUUACAGGUGUGCUGAGAUCUGAUAACGGCACAUAUAACUGCAAAUUAAGAAUUGACGCUGAAGAAAUUAUUUCAGACCCCAUCUACAUUCAAGUGGAAGGACUUCCACAUUUUAUUCGACAGCCAGAGAGGUUAAAUGUCUCUAGAAAUACUCCAUUCAAUCUCACCUGUGAGGCUGUUGGGCCCCCUGAACCUGUCGAGAUUUAUUGGUUCCAUAACAGUAGAAAAAUCAAUGAUAUUCCCGAAGUGUCACCAGCAGUCCUUAGUGUGUUGGGUUUGGAUGAACCAGCAAUAUACAGUUGUGAAGCACAUAAUAACAAAGGACUGACCGCUUCCAAUAAUGUGAAAAUCAACAUUAAAGAUUUUCCAUCUCCUCUGGUUGAAGUCAGUUGUUCUAAGCAAUUAUCAAAUGGCAUCUCUCUAUCCUGGGUCCCUGGUUUUGAUGGAUAUUCUCCCCUAAGCCUCUGCAACAUACAGGCGACUGAACUCAUACAAGGCAACAGCACAUCCUCCCUGAUAUAUAACACAUCUGUACCACCUUACACACAUCUGAUCAACCAUCUAAAGUCAUUUACAGAAUACAAUAUCAGUGUUUCCUGCAGGAAUGAAGUAGGCUGGUCAUUGCCAAGUCCAUGGAUUGUGGUCAAAACUGCAGAAGGAGCUCCAUCUAUUGCUCCAGAGAACAUCACCAUAGUGUUAAAUGGGUCAUCAUCAUUAAAAGUUAACUGGAGUCAGCCUCCGCUCAGUGAUAUGAAUGGAAUUCUUUUAGGUUAUAAGAUAUGGCACACAUGGAAGGUCUAUGGAAGUCCAAAUAAAAAUUAUACGGAGACCUCCAAUUCAACUGCAGCAGUCAUUGCCAUUAAAGCUACAAAUGCCACAUGUACCGUAUACAUAGCUUGCUACACAACGGGAGGCAUUGGGCCAUAUAGUGAAGCAGUACAGCUUGUUAUUCCAGGUGAUGGCACAGUAGCAUCCGCAACUUCUUCAACUCCGGCAACAGGAAAUGUCAGCCCCUACUUGAUAUUGCUGGGCUUUAUCUGCAGCUUAAUGAUACUUCUUCUAACAAUUUAUGGUUCAGUAAUAUGCAUUAAAAGAAAAAAAGAAACAGAGUUUGGGCAUGCUUUUGUCAGCUCAGAUGAUUCAGACAUUGUAGUGAAUUAUAAAGCAAAGAGAUCCUACAACAGGAAAGCCAUUGAAGUGACACUAAGUACAUUAGGGAUCAGUCAAGAUCUGCAGCAGAAACUGGAAGAUGUGAUGGUGGAGAGGAGCUUACUGACUCUGGGAAAGGUGUUGGGUGAGGGUGAAUUUGGCUCGGUGAUGGAGGGUGAGCUGAAAUAUCCUGAUGAUGCAACUCACAAAGUAGCUGUGAAAACCAUGAAGUUGGACAACUUUUCACACAGAGAAAUAGAAGAAUUCCUCAGUGAGGCUGCGUGUAUGAAGGACUUCGAUCACCCUAAUGUUAUUAGUCUGCUGGGAGUCUGCCUAGAAGUGGGUCCUAGAAGAAGUCCCAAACCCAUGGUUAUUCUGCCCUUUAUGGAAUAUGGAGACUUGCACAGUUUUCUUCUCUCCUCCAGAAUUGGAUCUGGUCCUCAGCAUGUGCUAUUACAAACUCUGGUGAAGUUUAUGAUUGACAUUGCUACUGGAAUGGAGUACCUCAGCAACAAAAACUUCCUACACCGAGACUUGGCCGCCCGUAACUGCAUGUUGAGAAAUGAUAUGACUGUCUGUGUUGCUGACUUUGGGCUGUCUAAAAAAAUAUACAGUGGUGAUUAUUAUCGCCAGGGACGUAUUGCUAAGAUGCCGGUAAAGUGGAUUGCUGUGGAAAGCCUUGCUGAUCGAAUCUACACAGUCAAAAGUGACGUGUGGGCGUUCGGAAUCACAAUGUGGGAAAUCGCAACCAGAGGCAUGACUCCAUAUCCCGGGGUCCAGAACCAUGAAAUAUAUGACUAUUUACUCCAGGGCCAUAGGUUAAAGCAGCCAGCAGACUGCCUGGAUGAGCUGUAUGAACUGAUGUACAUUUGCUGGAGACCAGACCCAGCUAACAGACCUACAUUCACAGAAUUAAAGCAUGAUUUACAUAAAUUUCUUCAGGGAUUGCCCCCUGCAGCGGAGAUGGAAGACGCCAUUUAUAUUAACAUCAGCUUACCCGAAGACAGCGCACUCCUGACCCAAGACCCAGAGAUCAGCGAUAUGCAAAUUGAUGUGGAUUCCCAGUAUGUACAUAUUACUCCUGGAUCUGACUCCAACGUUGUGAUUGUGGAGGUCCAUGGAAGUCAUAUGGAUGAACAGCGAUAUGUUUUGGAAGGAGCGUCUGAUGAGCAGGGUGGGGAGCCAGAACAAGCCAGAGCUCCAUUAUUACACGACAGUUUGUCACGAAACAAAGCUCCAUGGUGUGAGAGCGAUACCCUUCUGGAUGGUAACUCAUUGACUGAGGAACUUCUCUAUGCAGAUGAUUCUGCAGAAGACUCUGAAAUUGCAGUAUAGAACAAAAAUCUAAUACUGAACAUUUGGCCUUCCCUCAGAAAGACUCAAUCACAGCUGCUCUUAUUUCCUGAAUAAGGAUUCUUAAUUCAUAGUUUCCACUUUUUACCUGUGGAGAAAUGUUCUGGCAUUAAACCAAUGUAAAUACCACUCAUUGUUCUGUACAGAGAAAAAUAUGUGACAUUUGUAUUUAUGUAUAUACAUAUAGAGGAAAA